UCGAAGUGUGGUGGUGUCGGUUGUCUGGUUAAUUUUCUUUGCUUUUCUUGACAUAAAACAGUAUGGUCCAUAACGACUUUUCUACAAUCUAAUCCCUUUUGUGUAUUUUGUUUUUAACAAUCAAACGUUUAGACAAAGUGCUUGUGUAAGUUGUGCAUUAUAAUGGCUCGGCUUACGGAAGAGAUGGUGAUCGCACGAUCCAAGCAAUCGGAUUUAUAUGCGAUAAAGAAACUCAACUGCUGGGGUGCAGAGCUGGGCGAUGUAAGCCUCCUGAGACAGAUGCCCAACGUCGAAGUAUUGGCUUUUAGUUUAAACAAGAUCCGUACACUAGGCGACUUCGCUGGCUGUCGACGGUUGCGCGAACUUUACAUACGCAAGAAUGAGAUCCGCAAUUUGGCAGAGAUCAGGCAUCUGAGGCACUUACCAGAUCUCACCAGUCUUUGGUUAGAUGAGAACCCCUGCACACAGCACCCGGAAUACAGGAUGACGGUGCUAAGGAAUCUACCAAAUUUAGAGAAGCUCGAUAACAUAAUUGUACAGCCUGAAGAGGUACAAGAAGCAAUGAGGCGCGGUACCCAUAUACCUGACUCUGAUGAUGAAGGGUAUCCACAACAGCAGGAGUCAUACGGUCAAUACAGACGGCAGAGGUCGUGCGAGUCGAGUCCGGACAGAGAACCAGAGCCUUACUACGGCAGACCAGCACAAAGGCAUGAACAGAAACCGGUGUGCCAAAAAGAAAAUGUCAGAAAUGGACCGAAUCACGCUAAAUAUAAGGGAAGCGACGGCUCGCCCGAUGGAGGCUCCGAGCCGGCAACGGAGCCCCCGCGCUCUGAAAAUCAUCAGCCGUGCCCCCUAUCGCCAACACGACGUGCCCCCACUCCUGAACCUGAUGAAAGAUACGAGCACCCCGCCAUGACCAGUUCACACUAUGAAACACGCACUCGCCCGCGAUCGCCUGAUGCCGCAUCACUGAGGCAUUCUGUAUCCGCUCAGAAUGUUAAGGAGUACACAUAUGCUACUAAUGGAGAAUGGAGGCAUUGCGGAGGUGCGGCUUCGACUUCUGAUAGAUCAGAAACAUACCAACCACGCGAGUGGGAGCGAGAAAGAGAAACGGAGAGGGAGAGAAGGGAGAGAGAGUACCCGUCCGCGGUAAUGGCAGAACACCGCGGAUUUACACGGCGACCCGUCACCAGAAACUCGAACCUGCUGUCUGCGGUGCUGUGUCUUGUCAAAGAGCUCGACUACCCGAGCCUCGAGGUAGCGGAAAUGGCUGUAAGAUGUCGUAUGGACGAACUAGCGAACAGCCAGUGACGUAACGCCGACGCCUAAUGCUAAACACACCGAUGACACGCGAGUUGCGACCUUAGCUUGAACAACACAAGGGCGAUGAUAGCGUGCGGCUUAGUGAUAGCACUGGCGUUAGCUUGGUGUAUUGGACUAUUGGCCCAAACAUUUGUAAAGGCCCAUAUAUGUACCAUAUAUGUAGUCGUUUGAUGAGAAAUAUCAGGGCUGCUAAACUAUGCUAAUAAUUUGUAAUAACAAUAUCAUGGAUUAUAACGCCUAAUAUGCGAGAAUAGUGAAUUUUUAUUGUAAUAUGUGUGUACUUUAUAGUUGUCUUAUCUUUUUAAAAGAAAAAAGAAAGUAAUGGCAAUAUUGUUUCAACAUAGGUGUUACGUAAGUCGUGAUUACACGUAUAAAAAUUAAAAAUAUCACAAUUUUAAGAACGCUUCGAUAGCUUUAAUAGAAUUUUAGUGCUUAGUAAUCUAAUAAUAAAAUAUCUUCAUUAAUAUAUUUAAAAAAAAUGCCAAAAUGUCAUUCGUAAUAUUUACGGCCCGCAAGUUUGUAAGCCCUGAUUGUAUACAAUGCAGUAAUGUGCCGAACAGCAAUAACUAUGUAUAUUACACGUACGCUUUAAUUAUAUAAUUAGAUCUGUGCAAUUGUAAUAAUAAA